GAAUAGAUGAAGCUCGGGAGAGCCACGACCAAGAAGUCGAAGUUUGAAGCCACACCACAUUUCAUGCAAUUCAAUUAUCCUUUCAGAAAUAACACCACAACAAAAUAAAAAAAUUGGAAAUUUUAUCCCCAAACAAAAGAGAGAAAUCAAACUAAAACACAAAUUCAGUGGCUAUGGUGGUGCCCCAUAACGAACCCAUUGGUCCAAAUGUCCUCAUUGUUUACCCAUUGCCACAUAAAAAAUAUUAACAAUUCCGUCGUCUUACUUGACCGUAGGCGCCAAACAUAACUGACACUCAUCGCCAUUCCUCAUCUGCCAGCCAAAAUCACAGCUCCGACUCGCGCCACUCAGCAAACUUCAACUUGUGCAUAGAAAGUCCCCACCUUUACUGUUCCAGAUAGAGGGCGAGCAUAUUAGCCAUGGCGCCCAAGGGUUUGGAUUACGAACACCUGAACGAAAACGUGAAGAAGGUUCAGUAUGCUGUGAGGGGCGAGCUGUACCUUCGAGCUUCUGAGCUUCAGAAGGAAGGAAAGAAGAUCAUUUUCACAAAUGUUGGCAACCCUCAUGCUCUUGGACAAAAGCCACUGACCUUCCCUCGACAGGUGGUUGCUCUUUGCCAAGCUCCCUUUCUACUGGAUGAUCCUAAUGUGGGACUUAUGUUCCCUGCUGAUGCCAUCGCAAGGGCUAAACAUUACCUUUCCUUGACCUCUGGUGGUUUAGGUGCAUACAGCGACUCCAGAGGCAUUCCAGGAGUAAGGAAGGAGGUUGCAGACUUCCUUCUAAGACGCGAUGGUUACCCAAGCGAUCCAGAAUUGAUAUUUCUCACUGAUGGAGCAAGCAAAGGUGUGAUGCAAAUCUUGAACACGAUCAUUAGAGGUCCAAAUGAUGGGAUCCUGGUUCCAGUGCCACAAUACCCACUUUACUCAGCUGCAAUCAGUCUGUUUGGUGGUACUCUUGUCCCAUAUUACUUGGAAGAGACGGCAAACUGGGGUCUCGACGUGAAUGACCUGAGAAACGCGGUUUCUCAAGCUCAAUUCAAAGGGAUAACUGUGAGAGCAAUGGUGAUAAUCAACCCUGGAAAUCCCACUGGUCAGUGUCUUAGUGAAGCGAACUUGAGCGAAAUACUGCGCUUCUGUUAUCAAGAGGGCCUUGUCCUCCUUGGAGAUGAGGUUUACCAGCAGAACAUCUACCAGGACGAACGCCCAUUUAUCAGCUCUAAGAAGGUCUUGAUGGACAUGGGUCCGCCUUAUAGCAAGGAGGUUCAGCUUGUUUCGUUCCACACUGUUUCUAAAGGAUACUGGGGCGAAUGUGGGCAGAGAGGUGGAUACUUUGAGAUGACCAACAUUCCUCCAAAGUCAGUUGACGAGAUAUACAAGGUUGCAUCAAUUGCCCUCAGUCCAAAUGUCCCUGCUCAGAUAUUCAUGGGGCUGAUGGUCAACCCAUUGAAACCUGGGGACGUGUCUUAUGAGCAGUUCAUUAGGGAAAGCAAGGGGAUCCUCGAAUCACUAAGGAAAAGGGCUCGGAUUAUGACAGAUGGCUUCAACAGCUGCCGCAAUGUGGUCUGCAAUUUCACUGAAGGUGCCAUGUAUUCGUUCCCUCAAAUACGGUUGCCACCCAAGGCGAUCGAGGCUGCCAAGAGCGCUGGUAAAGUUCCUGAUGUCUUCUACUGUCUCAAGCUACUGGAAGCCACAGGCAUCUCCACAGUCCCCGGCUCAGGAUUCGGCCAGAAAGAAGGGGUUUUCCAUCUGAGGACAACCAUCUUACCAGCGGAGGAAGACAUGCCAGCUAUCAUGGAAAGCUUUAAGAAGUUCAAUGACGGGUUCAUGGAGCAGUAUGAAGAUACCAGGGGUUACUCCAGGAUGUAAAGUCCCCACCCUCCACCACAAUAUUGCUAUCAUCAUUAUUAUUUCAGUACAGCACAGUAAAAAAUUGUUAUCACGAUGAUGAUGAUUAUAUUCUUCUCUGGCUUUUUUAUCCUUCCCAAAAAAAAAGCCUAUUCCCAUAUAUGUUCUCAUUCACUCUCUCUCUCUCUCUCUCUCUCUCUCUCUCUCUUCCUAUCCCAACUAAAGAUUUGCAUCUAUGUAGCUGUAAGUCUGCAACUUUUCACAAAAUUUCACAUUGCAUGUCUGCACUUGAUUUUUUUUUUUUUUUUUUGCUUUUACUUUUUCCUUUCGCUAACUGGAAAGGGAAGUUGGAUGGUUGUGAUAUGUUUGGAGGGUAGACAGUUGAGAUAGAGAAUCAGGAACAUGCUCUGAUCUCAUAUCACAAAAUGGGAACUUUUUUCUACUCUAACAAGUCUCUCCACAUGGGACUUUCUUAUUUCAGAUUUGGGAACCCCAUUCUCCCUUGUUUUUUAGCUUGCAUUGCACAUGGCUUGUCACAAAGGGGGCUGGGUGAAGCAAGAAAAUGGAGGUGUUUUCUGUUUGGUAGCCUGUUCUUUUGCCAAGAAAAGAGGAGUGGGAAAAAGUAGGCUACUUCCUAUUAAGGAUCCCAAAUCUUUUCUCGGUUAUUCUUUAUAACCUUUCCCCCAAUUUGCAGCAAGAGAGGUGAAGAGAAGAGAAGAGCCGACUUUUGUUCUGUUUUCAUGUUUUUCUCUCUUUAAGGAUCUCAGAAAGGGUUGCUUUUCCAAGUUGAGAAAGGAGGGAGAUCGAAGGUUACUGCAGAUAAUAGGAAGGAAGGAAGGAAGUUCCAGAUCCAAUUUCUUUUUAAUUUGCAAAGUCCAUUUUUAAAAAUUGGUUCUUUUUGUUUUUCAACGAACAAACAAAUAUGUUGUUUUUUACCAUAAAAAAAGAACAGGAGCCGGGAGGGAUAUGGAUAAAAAUGUAAGG